AUGCUUGUUUAAUUGCGUGUAAUUGUGGGAGAGAGAUUUGCGGACAGUCAUUCUCACAGUGAACUUUUAGCCCGUCCUGUGUCUCUGAGUAAUCUUAUAAAACACCGACUUGAGAGACAUAACAUUUUUACACUGAUUUUGAUCUGAAAAAAACAAAACCUGCACCAUAGCUUUUACCUAAACCUCCUGGGGGUGGAAAGAAAUAUUAUCUCAGGCCCUGACGGUAAGGUCAUCUUACAGGGGUAGAUUGCAGCCCUGGUAUUGAUGAAUGGACCGUCUCGGACUUAUUGCCAAACAGAGAGAAGUCAGGAAAUGACAGAAGAACAAGAUCAGCGAAUUAUGCCAAACGUUUUAGGGAACCAGUUGCAAUCGCUCAUGUCUCAUAAUACAUUAACUGAAAACUAAAAAAAUAUUAACAUUCAUUUGGGGGAAAUGCUAUAUGAUCUGAUUAUGUUUCUUUCAGAUUGCUUUCUUGAUCUAUAGACAAUUCAGAAGAGUUUAACAGUAGCUCGAAUGCUUUCAAGUGGAUUUUUUUCCAACUACAAGCUAUUUUCCCCCACAAUUGAAGGUAACGCCAUUGACAGGCGACCCAACCAAUCUUACGGCCGAAUCCGGCGAUUCUGUCCAACAAACAAACCAGGCUAGAGUGGAUUAACGUCAGCGAACCUGAAAAAUGUUGCAUGUUGGCAUUGCAGUCGUGUUCGUUCAUGUUUAUUUCACGCUACACCUGGUAUGGAGGAAAAGAUUCACGUCGAAGAGCCACAAAACGGCAUUUAUUGUUUGAAUUUCUUCCUAAACUGUAAUUGCGAAUUGGAAAGUGACCCCAUAAAGACGUCGGAGCACGCAACUUUCACGUUCAGGUCCAUCGACGUUCGUAUCUUCUCCUGUCUGGUUGGUACGUUGGAAAAAGAUUCGGCAUAAUGGUUGGUCCUGUCGAUCAGACUGCCUUCCAAGGGUCAGUUAGCGGUGUACACUUCUUAUAGUAAAGGUGCUCGAAAGCCCCCAAGUGAUACCAUAAAGGCUCCACAAACUCCAAUGCAGUUAUGUUAUUAAAUAUGAUCUGAUUGACCUAUAAAUGGAUGGGGAAAUGGUUAAACGUGUCUUUUCAUGUAGCGUUUGUGUGCGUUUUUCUUCACUGAGCGGGAACAAGCGCAUCUGCACCGUUCGACGCCACUUCACAGAGCCUCGAGAUAAUAAAAAAAAUCCAGUUUUCCCAUAAUUAUGGUUUCGGUGGAGAACGUAGGAAAUAGCUGUGGCGUAACUGUACGCGAAAACUGGACAAAUAAAGCUCAGAAGCGCGCGCUGCUCGUUUACACUUGUAGAUAGUUGCGUUUUAACGCGUCCAUGCGGAUGCAUUCAUCCAAAUCACUUCAUUGCUUUUGUAUCACAGUCGAACGAGGUAAAUGAAUACCCCAGGACUGUCGCCCGUGCCUUUUUGAAGCGGUACAAUUACACGAAGCACCGCAUAUCGCACCGAUCACUUGCCUCUCGAGUGCUUUGGAUUACACCAGAUCUUUUUUUACACGGCAGCAUUUCCCUUUAGGUUUUUCGAAAGCGCUCUCUGUGGAAAGUUUGUCAUCACGUCUUCCCGUGAUCAUGUGGGAGGCGACUUGGUUUCAUGUAUUGCAACAUCUCGAGUCAAAACUGGACAAUGCGAAGGGGUGUGUGUGUGUGAUGUAAAUGCCUCCGUGUGUUGGGUACGUGCUCAGUCACCCGAAGUGAGAUGUGGGGUGGGCGCUAAAUGAAAGCUACACUUAUAAAAAAAUGACAAAACUCGGCGGAGGUCAGAUCUUGAAAAGACCGAAAGCUCUGAUCAUCUUUUUUUUUUUACCUGCAAACAAAUAAAGAACAAGUGCCACUGGACCUGUCGUCAUUUAAAAGGUCAGCAUGGGCGAGUGGGGCUUCCUCUCCAAUCUUUUAGACAAAGUGCAGUCUCACUCGACCAACAUUGGGAAAGUGUGGCUGACGGUUCUUCUGAUCUUCAGGAUCAUGGUUCUCGGCGCUGGACUGGAUAAAGUCUGGGGAGACGAACAGUCCAGCAUGGUGUGCAACAUCAAGACCCCCGGCUGCUUGAACGCGUGCUAUGACCACGUCUUCCCCAUCUCCCACAUGCGCUUCUGGGUGCUCCAAAUCAUCUUCGUGGCCACGCCAAACCUGGUCUACCUCGGCUACGUCCUGCACGUCAUCCACCAGGAAAACAAACUGAGGCAGCAUCUACAAAACCAGGCAGAGAAGCACGGGCAAAAACUGCCGAAAUACACCGACGACAACGGGAAGAUUUACUACAAAGGGAGCCUGCUCGGCUGCUAUAUGUUGAGUCUCACUGUUACCAUUUUGUUCGAGGCGGGCUUCAUCGUGGCCCAGUACUAUUUAAUCGGCCUUUGGAUGCCCGCACAGCUAGAAUGCAAGGUGGACCCUUGCCCUGCGGUCGGCCUGCAUUGCUUCACGUCCCGGCCGACCGAAAAGUCCGUCUUCAUCGUCUUCAUGCUCAUUGUGGCGUGCGUGUCUCUAGCUUUGAAUCUGGGAGAGAUCUUCUAUCUGAUGGGUCGUAGAGGGGAAUACAAGAGGAGGAAACCAGCAGCGACUGAAACGCAGAAAUUGACCCCCGCCGAGACAUUUUGCUGAAACGUCGUACUUCUCUUAAAGCUUGCUGUAUCUACUAACUUUGUCAGCAAAAGUUUAAUAAACCAUCGUUUCAUUGGUGGCAA